AUGCAGUCUGGUGGGUACGAAAGGAUGCCUUGCCAGCUACGAGACGUUUACAACAAGGUCGCCCAUGUUAAAAGAAAAGAGAAAAGAUGUACAGAUUCAGAUGGUGCUUUGGGAUAUUUGGAUUGUCUGUCAAAGAGGGAUCCAAAUUUCUUCAUUCAAUAUCAAUGUGAUGUGGACAACAGAUUGGGGAACCUAUUCUGGGCGGACGAAUAUUCUCGACGGGAUUUCGUCGCAUUCGGUGAGGUUAUUGGAUUUGACACAACAUAUAUGACAAACAAAUAUAAUAAACCCCUGACAAUUAUUUUGGGCGUCCAUCAUCAUUUCAAAACCUGCAUAUUUGGAAUGGCACUGCUUAACUCCGAGGAUGAGCAAACUUACUUUUGGUUGCUUGAAAAAUUUAUUGAAUGCCACAAUCAUGUAACACCAAAGGUUGUGGUGACAGAUGGAGAUGGAGCUAUCAAAAAUGCUGUCUUGAAGUACUUCCCAAAUGCAACUCAUCAGUUGUGUGUGUGGCACCUGUGUACCAACGCUUUAAAAAUUUCAAAAGACCCCUGA